AUGGCUCCGAACUCUCCCACAAAGAUGACGCACCGAUCCCUCGGUAACUCGGGCCUAUUGGUAUCCAAGCUGGCACUCGGGUCCUGGGUGGACUACAACGAGAAGUACACGGUGGACAGCUGGUAUGACAUGAUGAAGAUUGCCUUCAAGCAUGGUGUCAACUUCUACGACACGGCGGAAAUGUACGGCAGCGGUCAGGCCGAAGAACUGCUGGGAGGUGCCAUCAAGAAAGGCAUCGCCGAAGGAGUCUGGAGCCGUGAGGACCUCGUCAUCUCCACCAAAUUGUUCACCGGUACCAAGGGAUUCAACCAAGGGGGGCCCAACGACGAGGGCGUCAGUCGCAAGCACAUCGUGGAGGGGCUGAAGGCGUCGCUGAGACGUUUGCAGCUCGACUACGUCGAUGUGGUCUUCUGUCACCGCUUCGAUGCCUAUACUCCAAUUGAAGAGACCGUGCGUGCUAUGAACUACGUGAUCAACCAAGGCUGGGCCUUAUACUGGGGAACCAGUGAAUGGCUGGCGUCGGACAUCCGUGAAGCGUGCGAGAUUGCAGACCGUCUGGGCUUGGUUCGCCCCAUCGUUGAGCAACCGCAGUACAACAUCUUCGAACGCAACAAGGCGGAGUUCGAGUUCGUGGAUUUGUACAAAAAAUACAAGCUGGGCCUCACGACCUUCUCCCCGCUGGCCUAUGGCACGUUGACGGGCAAGUACAGUGCAGGCAAGCCAGAAGGAUCUCGGUUCACCACCCCCAUGUUUACGUCGGGUCCCUUCUCGGAGGGGUUCGACGAGCGUGUCAAGAUGGCCGACAAGUUGCUGCCAAUCGCGAAAGAACUUGGUGUCUCCCUCGCACAGAUGUCGAUCGCGUGGGCGGUGGCUAAUGGAAACGUGUCGACUGUUCUGUUGGGAGCGAGUCGUCCAUCCCAGUUGGAGGAGAACUUGAAGGCGCUCGAUGUGGUGAGCAAGAUCACGCCAGAGGUGAAGGCGAAGAUUAAUCACGCGGUGAAGUUCGUGCCGAAGGAGCCCGAGCUGGACCAAUUUGCUCACACUCGUGGUCGCUUCUUGUGAGCGAUUCAAAGCUCAGGGGUGGAGCCAGUUGUAUUACACCAC